AUUACCACUCUUGCAGCUCCGACGACGGCGAAGAGGAGAAGAAGGAUCAUACAGUUUUUUUUUUUCCUUAGGGUUCUUUCUACGUUCGAUUUAAACUCUAGAGGACAUGGUGAAGCCCUCUGAUUUCAAAGCAGUUCACAGACUUAUUCAGUUGCGUAACACUCGAGUCGUAAACCCCGUCACAGUUAGCCGCUCAAAGCUCAUCGCUUCGUCUUCUCCGGCGGCUUUUCCGUCAAAUGGGUUUACUCAGUUUCAACCUAAAUCCAGUUUCCACACCUUUUCGUCGAUACCCACUAGGAAAAACCUCGGCUUUUCCCAGAUUUGCGGACUUGCCUCGGUUAAACCCCGCUUUAAAAACGUUAACUUUGCAUCGGCGUUUAGGCUGUUUUCCACCUCUGGGUUUCGUAAAGUCGAUGGGAGUUUUGCGAGGAAGGUUGUUGAGAAGCCGAUGAGAGCUGUUAGUUCGAGUGUUGGUAGAUACAGAGUGGCGUUAGGGUUGCAUGUUGAUGCGUUUUGGAAGAAGAAUAGCCUUGUGGUGUUUGGAGCAGGAGGUGUGUUCGUUUGUAUUUUCCUUUGGAGGGUCAUGUUUGGGAUUGCUAGCACUUUCGUUGGUCUCUCUGAGGGUAUGGCUAAGUACGGCUUCCUUGCUCUCUCCUCUGCUAUUGUAGCAUUUGCUGGUUUAUACCUUCGUGCAAGGUUCACGAUAAAUCCUGAUAAAGUUUAUAGGAUUGCAAUGAGGAAGCUCAACACAGCGGCUAACAUUCUUGAAGUUAUGGGUGCUCCUCUGACAGGAUCAGAUUUACGUGCUUAUGUGAUGUCAGGUGGUGGCAUUACAUUAAAAAAGUUUAAGCCAACAAUUAGGAGCAAGCGUUGCUUUCUGCUGUUCCCGGUUCAAGGUGCUGAGAGAAAGGGACUCGUUAGUGUUGAAGUCAAGAAGAAGAAAGGACAGUAUGACAUGAAGCUACUGGCAGUGGAUAUACCAAUGGCGCCUGGUCCUGAUCAACGCUUGUUCCUUAUUGGUGAUGAAGAAGAGUACAGAGUUGGUGGUGGUUUGAUAUCUGAGUUGAGAGAUCCUGUGGUGAAAGCAAUGGCAGCGGCUAAGGAGUUUGAUAAUCUUGACAGAAUUGAGGACGAAGAAGACGAGGAAAGAGAACUUCUAGAAGCUGAAAGGAAGCAACGCGAAGAAACCGAGAAGCUUGAAAAAGAUAGCUCUUAGUCGCUUUGUUAACAUCUUCAGUGGAUAUAAACAGAAUAUAUUAUGUUACUGCUUUUGGUUUGUGUCUUACGUAAACCGGUUUUGGCUUGAGGGAAAAGAAAGUUUCUGUCUUUCCGGUUAGUAUCUAUUUAAGCAUAAAAUAAAAUGUUAAA